AUGACUAUUGCCUCAGCACUUCGCCAGCUUCUCUCGUUCGAUGAUGAAACAGCGCGGUGCACUCCCGUAACUGUCAAAGGUGGUCCCUCCUUUUGCAUUCAAGGUCCUGUAUGCGGCAGUGAAUUGGCGAAGGGACAGGCAAAGGGUUCCGGCAUGUGUCCCCGUCGGAACGACAAGGCGGAUAGUAAUUGCGAUUCGAAGGCCCAGCACCUUUCGAGUAGCUGCACCGCCCUUGUUGAUGCCAAGUGUAUGGAUCUAGGCGGUGACAAGUGGGAGUGCGUGUUCCCGAUUGACGGACCUGGAUACCAAACCGUGGAGCAAAUCGCUCCGUAUACGCAAGACCAGAUCCCGUCGUCCCCGAUGAGUGAUCAGGCAGUGAAGCUGUCGGCUCCAGCCCUGGAAUCCCACACUGCGUCUAACACCCUGGGGGCGUCAAACGCCUCGAUCAAUAUUGCGGUCGGCGUCGCUUGCUGCGUGCUUGCUUUCGUCGGCCUCGUAUUUGUCAAGAAGCGCCGCAACCGCGAGCGAUCAAGCAGCUACACGCUCUCGGAGAAGGACAUAUCAAUUGUGACGCUUUAA